AUGAAGCCCGCCCUUGCCUAUACCUUUGUGCCGUGGCUGGCCUCUACUGUUUUUGCCCAGUCCACACCAUUUGAUCCGUGCCCGGACCAGUGCAGCUUUGCAGGCUCCAACCCAUCGAAUUGGACCUACCUCCAUGGCGAAAGCGCCCUUCGACGGUGUGCGGAGACCACUCUCUUUGACAUGGCUGUUUAUACGCCCAUUGACAACUCUGAUACGCACAUUACGUUUCGGGCUUGCAAAGCUUCGAAGGCGGCUACCACGCAGGAUAUUAAUCUUUCCGUGAGUCCCUUUGCCUUUGGCUUACACCAACGCCGAUCUUCAACCUCUACUUCCGGGUGUAUGCGUGGUGCCAAAAUGCUCAGAAAUAAAUCAGACGUCCAUCUCCUCCGCUGGACCGGCAACGAUGGCAGAGACCAACUUGAAGACAUUAUCUCGGCUGCCAACAAACUUGAAGACCUCGUCAAAUCCGAGCCCGACUGCAGUUCUACCGUUAUUUUCGCCCAUUCUGGUAAAGCGGUUGUGGGCCUAUACAUUGGUGAAGAGAUCCACAAACCAACUGCGGCAUCGAUAAUCAAACAGUUCGUCGACAACAUCGAAAGAAAUCCCUCAGCAGGCAAGAUUGCCGUGCAGCUCUGCCGCGACAGUGAUGACGACGCGCCAAAUACGUGGAUCCUGGGUCUAUACGCCGACCCCGAGGGCGACAUUACAGGUGCUCAAGAGGCCGUUAGAAACUGGAGUGAUGCCAAGUGCCUUUCCGGAUUUAACAAAAAGGAAACGUGGAAGGGUGUAGAGAUUAGUAUGCGCCAGGCGACCGAUGUCCCGCAGAUAAUGGCCUUGGCUUCAGGUCUCCAGCAAUCCGAUACUAUGGAGAAGCGAACUCCAGGAUUAGCACGCGAUCUGCAUCGUCGCGCGCCUUGCAGGGCCAUACAGGUCGCCGCAGGAGACGGCUGCUAUAGUCUAGCUCAGAGGUGCAGCAUUAGCCAAACCCAGCUGAAGGAUUACAACAAAGAAGUGUCCAAUUUUUGCGGGACCUUGAAGCCUAACCAGUGGGUUUGCUGCUCUGCUGGCGACUUGCCGGACUUUUCACCGAAACCCAAUCCUGAUGGCACUUGUGCGACCUACACGAUUCAGCCGGCCGAUAUCUGUUUCAGCAUCGCACAGACAUAUUAUCUAACCACAGACAAUAUUGAAAGCCUGAAUAAGAACACCUGGGGCUGGACUGGCUGCAAGAAUCUUCAGGUGGGCCAAAGGAUCUGCCUGAGUUCUGGGGAUCCCCCGAUGCCCGCCCCUAUUCCUAAUGCUGUCUGCGGCCCUCAAGUGCCAGGCACCGCUCGCCCAACUGACGGCACAAAGCUUCAAGAUCUCAACCCUUGUCCCCUCAACGUCUGCUGCAAUGUAUGGGGCCAAUGUGGUCUAACAAGGGAUUUUUGCGUUGAGAGUCCAGCCGACACCGGAGCCCCUGGUACUUCGAAGCCUGGUGCUAAUGGAUGUAUUUCGAACUGCGGUAUGGAUGUUGUCAACAAUGAGGAACCCCCUGAGAGUUUCUCUCGCGUCGCCUAUUUUGAAGCGUGGAACAAAGACCGAAUCUGCCUUCAUAUGGACGUUACAGAUAUCGACACUGAUCAUUUUACCCACAUACACUUUGCAUUUGCGGAUCUCACCCCAGAAUUCGAUGUAGAUAUUACCCGGGUGAAGGAUCAGUUUAUGAAACUGAAGGGAAUGACUGGAAUAAAGCGUAUCCUUUCGUUUGGUGGGUGGACAUUCUCCACCGAGCGCCCAACAUACACGAUCUUUAGGGAGGGUGUGACACCCGAAAACCGCCUGAAAUUCGUGACAAAUGUGGUCAAUUUCAUCAAGGAUCAUGACCUUGAGGGUGUUGAUUUUGACUGGGAAUAUCCCGCCGCCCCCAGCCUUCCGGGUGAUAUCCCGCCUGGAACUAUUGAGGAGGGGAAGAACUACUUGGAGUUUAUCAAAAUGGUGAAGCAACGGUUACCCGAUAAAUCCGUUUCCAUCGCGGCUCCGGCAUCUUACUGGUAUUUAAAAGGAUUUCCUAUCAAGGAGAUUGGCGAGACUGUUGACUAUAUUAUUUACAUGACCUACGACCUCCAUGGACAAUGGGAUUACGGCAACAAGUGGACCUCCGAGGGUUGUCCCGAAGGGAACUGUCUCCGAUCUCAUAUCAACAUUACAGAAACCCAAAGUGCUUUAUCGAUGAUUACCAAAGCCGGCGUUCCAGCUAACAAGGUCUUCUGCGGAAUUACGAGUUACGGGCGCAGCUUCAAAAUGGCAGAAGAAGGUUGCACAGGCCCGACGUGCAAGUUCACCGGUUCGGCGCUCGUAUCCGACGCAGCGCCAGGUGUCUGCACCAACACCAGCGGGUAUAUUUCGUCCGCUGAAAUCCGCGAGCUUAUCAAGUUCGGUGAAGACUUUGAGGAGACCGGUAUUAAGACAAAGGGAUUCUUCGACGAUGAGUCCCAUUCCGAUAUCCUUGUGUACAACGACCUCGAAUGGGUUGGCUGGAUGAGUGAUGAGACCAAAACCGUUCGCUCCGCGUUGUAUAAGUUCCUAAACUUUGGUGGCACCUCGGAUUGGGCUGUUGAUCUCGACCGGUAUGGCGGCACUGGUGUCCCUCCGGAGGACGAAGAAUCGCACUACGAACCCUGCGGGGAAGCCGAUCUUGACGGUGGCCUAGAGGCCCUAGAACGAGUAGCAGGUACCUCACCACGACGCUGCGUAAAUCGAUGGACCGUAGAGUUGCUUAAGAAAAAGCUUGUUGACUUGAUGGCGAAGUACGACGAGGUCAACGAUGGCUACGACAGCAAAUUUGCAAGUUAUUCUCGUUAUAUGAAGGUAUCAGGAGAAUACCAAUUUCUUACGUUUGUAGACUGGGAAACCGGCCCCGGUCAGGCUUUCUUUGACUGCAAAUUUGAAGGUGACGGCAACACAUAUAACGGACCGUGCCCCGUGCCUGUCCACCUCCACAAGAAGCUAUCCACAGAUUUCACGCUCGAAUAUACUUUAAAGGACAAGGCCGGCUUUCUCGAGGCUGUGGUAAACGAAACUGGAAUUGAUUCAGACGUCGUCGAGUUUGUCAACACUGAGCACAUAGUCCCGUGCGACUAUCCAACGGACUGCUUGCCUACUACCCUAGAAAUCAUGGGCGGACCCCGGCUCAUGCGGGACUGGGAACCUCCCAACCCCAAAGAUAUCAUUGUGGGAGCAUUCAAGAACCUACCGACCCUCCAGACCGAGCUCAUCAUAGGCGCUCUUCAAAUUGGCACGGAUCACUGGGAAGGCGACGAACAGGAUAUUGUGCAAGUUCUCUCCAUGCCCGUCUUCAUGAUGGUACAAGCCAUUGAUGCCAUGGAAGAGACCAAGGAGAUUGCUGAGGAGAUUGAAGAGCAGAAGAAAAAAGAGUUAUUUUCACUGCUAAUCGCCGCGCUUCUCUUUUUUAUCCCCUUCGCCGGAGAAUUUCUUGCCGUGGCGGCAGGCUUGGCGAGGCUUGCACGUCUUAUUAGAAUAGCGGGCGAGGUGGGCGACGCAGCGCUUACCUUGAAGGAUAUUGUUGAGAACAAAGAGCUGGCACCACUGGCGAUUCUGGAUCUUUUGGCUGGGGGCAAGCUUCGCGGACCAAAGUCGUACCGGGAUGCAGCAGACGUCAGACGUUCCAUGAGCGCCAAAGACUUGAGCAAGAUGGGUGAUGUUUUCAAAAUGCACGAUGAUCUGCUUCAGAACAUCCUCACCAAGUCAUGCUCCAGAACAUGA